AUGAUUGUCAAUUUCUCCAUCUUCAUCCUCUCCCUCUCUAUCUUCACCUCCUCAGCAAACGCCGAGGCGACCCUUUCCGUUUCCCCCACAACUCUAAAACGAUCCGGCGACAUCGUCAACAUCGAAUGGUCCAACAUCGACUCACCUUCCGAUCUCGACUGGCUAGGCAUCUACUCACCUCCAAACUCUUCCCACGACCACUUCAUCGGUUACAAAUUCCUCAACGUCUCAGCCACGUGGAAAGACGGUUUCGGAUCGAUCACCCUCCCUCUCACCAACCUCCGAUCAGACUACACAUUCCGUAUCUUCCGCUGGACGCAAUCCGAGAUCGACACCAAACACACGGAUCACGAUCAGAAUCCUUUGCCCGGAACUAAACAUCUUUUGGCUGGAUCGGAGAAUGUGACUUUCGGAAACUCCGUGGAUAAGGCGGAGCAGAUCCAUUUGGCGUUUGAGAAUAAGCCUAAUAGGAUGCAGGUUACGUUUGUGGCUGGGGAUGGGGAAGAACGGUUUGUGAGAUACGGACAGGCGAAGGAUAUGUUGGGAAAUUCCGCGGCGGCGCGGGGGAUUAGGUAUGAUAGAGAGCAGAUGUGCAAUGCUCCGGCUAAUACCACCGUUGGAUGGAGAGAUCCUGGGUGGAUUUUUCAUACUGUUAUGAAGAAUUUGAACCCGGCUGUUAGGAAUUACUAUCAGAUUGGGAGUGAAGCAAAGGGAUGGAGUGAGAUCUACAGCUUCAUAUCUAGAGAUAUGUACGCACAAGAAACCAGAGCUUUCAUAUUCGGAGACAUGGGUUGCGCUACACCUUACAAUACCUUUAUCCGCACGCAAGAAGAGAGUAAAUCAACCGUGAAGUGGAUCCUACGUGACAUUGAAGCUCUUGGUGACAAGCCAUCUUUCGUUUCACACAUUGGAGAUAUAAGCUACGCUCGUGGCUACUCGUGGGUGUGGGAUGAGUUCUUUGCUCAGAUCGAGCCUAUUGCCUCCAAAGUCCCUUACCACGUCUGCAUUGGUAACCAUGAGUAUGAUUUCCCCGCUCAGCCGUGGAAGCCUGAUUGGGCAGCUUCUAUUUAUGGAAACGAUGGUGGUGGUGAGUGUGGUGUGCCGUAUAGUUUGAAGUUUAACAUGCCUGGGAACUCAUCGGAAUCAACGGGAACCAAAGCUCCUAUGACAAGGAAUCUUUAUUACUCUUAUGAUGCUGGAUCUGUUCAUUUUCUUUCCAUCUCCACGGAGACGAACUUUCUUGAAGGUGGGACUCAAUACGAGUUCAUAAAACAAGAUCUUGAGUCUGUGAACAGGAACAAGACUCCUUUUGUUGUGGUCCAAGGGCAUAGACCGAUGUACACUACUAGCAACGAGGUUAGAGACACGACGAUAAGACAAAAGAUGUUGGAGCAUUUGGAACCGCUCUUUGUGAAGAACGAGGUGACGCUUGCUAUGUGGGGACAUGUUCAUAGAUACGAAAGGUUUUGUCCGAUAAGCAACAACACUUGUGGGAAACAGUGGAAAGGGAGUCCGGUUCAUCUUGUGGUCGGUAUGGGUGGUCAAGAUUGGCAAGCGAAUUGGGCGGUUAGACCGAACCAUCCGGAUCUUCCUAUAUUCCCUCAGCCUGAGGAAUCAAUGUACCGUACGGGUGAGUUUGGGUACGCUCGUCUAGUUGCUAACAAACAUAAGCUCACUGUUUCUUUUGUGGGUAACCACGAUGGAGAAGUUCACGAUACGGUUGAGAUGUUAGCAUCUGGUGAAGUAAUCAGUGGGAGCAAAGAUGGUACUAAAACCUCAAAUAGUGCAGUAGCUCCUGCACCAGCUUGGGAUGUAAACAGUGGGAGUAAAGACAAUAGUGAAAGUCCAAACGUUCAGACCGUUCCUACAUCUGCAACACUUGUGGGGAAAUCUGAAUCUGAUGGCUCAUGGGUUGUCAAAGGAGUAGGUUUGAUGGUUAUGGGUCUGGUUUUAGGGUUCGUUGCCGGGUAUUUUACAGGGAUGAAGAAAGGAUCGUCAUCUCGUAGCCGUUGGAUCCCAGUGAAGAGUGAGGAGAUAUGA